AUGGCACCUCUCCGCUUGCACAUCGAAGGACAUAAGUUUCGUGAUCCAUACCACCGAGAAAUCACUUUAAGAGGAAUCAACGUCGCAGGCGACGCGAAAUACCCGAAGAAUCCAGACACUCCAUCCCAUGUCGCGGAAGGCUUUCUCGAUGGCGACAAUGUCUCGUUUGUUGGUCGACCUUUCAGCUUAGAGGAAGCUCCGUUACAUUUCGGCAGAUUGCGCAAAUGGGGGUACAAUACGAUUCGAUAUAUCUUCACUUGGGAGGCUAUCGAGCACUCUGGGCCAGGAAAGUACGACGAUGAAUGGGUUGCGUAUACUAUCGAGGUCUUGCGUAUCGCUAAACAAUACAAUUUCUAUGUCUUCAUGGACCCCCAUCAAGAUGUUUGGUCACGAUUCUCCGGCGGUUCCGGUGCUCCAUUAUGGACGCUGUAUGCCGCAGGCUUCAAUCCCGAGAGUUUCAACAAGACUCAAGCAGCCUUGGUUCAUAACACAUGGCCCAACCCGUCCGAAUUCCCGAAGAUGAUCUGGAGUCGAGACUUUGCGCCUAAGGCUAUUAUUGAUGGACGAAACAUUCAAGACUACUUGCAAGAACACUACAUUGCGGCUUGCAGAUACCUCGCUCUGAAGAUUCAUGAUGCCGGAGAUCUAGAGGAUGAGGUCGUCAUUGGAUGGGAGUCUCUCAAUGAGCCGAAUCGAGGACUAGUCGGAUACCAGGAUAUCAACGUGGUUCCUCCUGAACAACAACUCCAACUCGGAACUUCACCCACUGCAUUUCAAGCCAUUCUAAACGGGUCUGGUCGCGCCUGUGAAAUGAGUACAUGGGCUUUUGGGAGCUUUGGCCCUUAUGAGACUGGAAAAGAACUAGUCGAUCCGGAGGGCGAGUCUGCAUGGUUACCCGCUGAUUACGAUGAUACCAAAUACGGCUGGAAAAGGGACCCCAAUUGGAGACUCGGGAUAUGUAUAUGGGCACAACAUGGCGUCUGGGAUCCCUCCACAGACGAACUGCUGCAGGGUAAUUACUUUUCUAAGGUUCCCAAAACAGGGGAACCUCUGAAUUACGAUGUCUUCACCAACACAUAUUUCAUGGAUCACUACAGGGCCUUUCGAGAUGCUAUACGGAGUGUGCACUCGAAUUGCAUACUCUUGAACCAACCCCCAGUCAUGGAAGUGCCUCCCAAGCUCAAAGGAACUGAAGAUGACGACCCAAAUAUGGUGCAUGCGGCGCACUACUAUGAUGGACUGACACUACUCACAAAGCAUUGGAAUCGUAUGUAUAAUGUUGACGUGAUAGGUGUUCUUCGCGGGAAGUACUGGACGCCAGCGUUUGCUGUCAAAGUGGGAGAAACUGCCAUACGCAACUGCUUGCGCAAUCAGCUCAAAUUUCUACGUGACGAAAGUUUCGAGCGCAUGGGAGAUCAUCCGAUGAUCUUCAGUGAAAUUGGCAUUCCUUAUGACAUGGACGAUAAGAGUGCAUAUAAGACGGGCGACUACAGCAGUCAGAUAAGCGCAAUGGAUGCCAAUCACUUUGCACUAGAAGGUAGUGGGUCGAACGGCUUCACACUAUGGGUUUAUGCAACUCAGAAUGACCAUGAAUGGGGAGAUCAAUGGAACGGAGAAGAUCUUUCUAUAUAUUCUAGAGAUGACCUUGAACUUCCAUCUUCCCUGAGUGAUUCGACCUUGACACUCGACCGUAAUUCGCCCUCAUUCUCUCAGAGCAGCAGCUCGAUUGACAAUGGCAAAAUCACUCAUCAUAAUAUCAAGAAUGUCAUAGAGACCCCAAGCUUUUCUCGGCAGGCAUCUAAAGCAUCUUCUGAGCCAGAAGGAAAGCCGGGAUUCAGGGCAGCAGAGGCAUAUAUUCGGCCUAGUGCUGUUUACACAAACGGCGACCUCCUCGCUCAAGGAUUUGAUCUCAAGAGCUGCAAAUUUACGCUGUCGCUCUAUGCGGACAAGCCGACUACCCAGGAAGCGCCUACUGAGAUCUAUUUGCCAGAAUUUCACUUCCCUGCUGCAGAAAUUGGCGUUACCGUGAGCGGAGGGAAGUGGACCACUGAGAACCGAGAAGAGUCUUCUUAUUCGUUCCAAGUUCUCAAAUGGUGGCAUGGCGAAGGAGACCAAUACAUCACAAUACAAGGGAUCAAGCGCAGAGCGAGUGGUCUCAUCAUCAGCCCUGAGGAUGAAUCUUACCUGGACCAGUGCCAAAAGAACUGCUCCGUGAUGUAA